AAGAUGGCCGCCGUGUCAGUUUGGGUCUUCGCCGCCGUCCGGCCUCAGGCUCCUGGGCUCCGCCUCUCGUAGGCCCCGGCUUGAAGUUCCAUUUACUUGGACUGGGGACAAAAAAGGCUGGAGUGAGAUUUACAGAGCUGUUCUCACCUGUGGUACACUUCCUCGCCAACUGUUCUUGGGAUUUAUUGGAAAACAUGAAUUAGUUCCUAACAGGAUUUGUGUCUUUUUAAACGGGACAUAGGUGCUAUUCGUCUUUGAAAAAAGGAAGAGCAAUUUGGGGCAAAAAACGUGUAUGCUAUGGUUAGCUGGUCCUCAGAUCAUCUUUUUUCCCAUGGUGUGAAACUCCUUCAGCAUAGGGAUAAGGGAUAACGACUCUAUGGAUUUACAGAAUUCUUCACCAUGGUAAAACUCGCUAACCCGUUGUACACCGAGUGGAUUUUGGAGGCAAUUAAAAAGGUCAAGAAGCAAAAACAACGCCCUUCAGAAGAGAGGAUAUGCAAUGCUGUGUCUUCAUCCCAUGGUUUGGAUCGCAAAACUGUUCUGGAGCAGCUGGAACUGAGUGUCAAAGAUGGAACUAUUUUAAAAGUUUCUAACAAGGGACUUAAUUCCUAUAAGGAUCCUGAUAAUCCUGGGCGAAUAGCACUUCCUAAACCACGAAACCAUGGAAAAUUGGAUGGUAAACCUAAUGUGGACUGGAAUAAACUGAUUAAACGGGCAAUUGAGGGCUUGGCAGAGUCCAGUGGUUCAUCCUUGAAGAAUAUCGAACGUUUCUUGAAAGGGCAGAAGGAUGUGUCAGCUUUAUUUGCAAGCAGCGCCCCUUCUACCUUUCACCAGCAACUGCGAUUGGCUGUCAAACGUGCUGUUGGCCAUGGCCGACUUCUUAAAGAUGGACCUCUAUACCAACUCAAUACUAAAGCAGCCACAAACGCAGAUGGGAAAGAGAGCUGUGAGUCUCUUUCUUGUCUUCCUCCAGUGUCGCUCCUUCCACAUGAAAAAGAUAAGCCAGUUGCUGAACCAAUCCCAAUCUGCAGUUUCUGUCUUGGUACAAAAGAACAAAACCGAGAAAAGAAACCUGAGGAGCUUAUCUCUUGUGCUGACUGUGGCAAUAGUGGUCAUCCAUCCUGCUUGAAGUUCUCCCCGGAGUUGACAGUUCGGGUGAAGGCCUUACGAUGGCAGUGCAUUGAGUGCAAAACGUGCAGUUCCUGUCGAGAUCAGGGCAAAAAUGCUGAUAAUAUGCUAUUUUGCGAUUCGUGUGAUCGGGGCUUUCAUAUGGAGUGUUGUGACCCCCCUCUGACCAGGAUGCCAAAAGGCAUGUGGAUAUGUCAGAUAUGUCGACCACGUAAAAAAGGAAGAAAACUUCUACAUAAGAAAGCAGCACAGAUUAAGCGGCGCUAUGCCAACCCAAUAGGACGUCCCAAAAACCGAUUAAAGAACCAAAAUGCAGUAUCAAAAGCCCCCUUCAGCAAAGUUCCAACGGGACCUGGUCGAGGCCGUAAGCGCAAGACUCCCCUAUCCAACCAGUCCACUUGCUCAUCGGAAGGAGGUUACCUGGAGCGAGUUGAUGGCUUGGAAUUCUGCAGAGAUGCCAGCACCUCUUUGAAGUUCAACAAGAAAACCAAAGGGCUUAUUGAUGGCCUUACCAAAUUCUUCACCCCCUCCCCUGAUGGGCGCAAGGCCCGAGGAGAAGUGGUGGACUACUCUCAGCAAUAUAGGAUCAGGAAAAAGGGCAAUAGGAAAUCAAGCACUUCAGACUGGCCCACAGACAAUCAGGAUGGCUGGGAUGGAAAACAAGAAAAUGAGGAAUGGCUUCUUGGAGGCCCAGAUGUCAUGACUGAAAAAGAUAUGGAGCUAUUCAGAGACAUUCAAGAGCAAGCACUGCAGAAAGUAGGAGUGACAGGAGCCCCAGACCCACAAGUCCGCUGUCCAUCGGUCAUCGAGUUUGGGAAAUAUGAAAUCCACACCUGGUACUCCUCUCCGUACCCACAAGAGUAUUCCAGGCUGCCUAAGUUGUACAUUUGUGAAUUCUGUCUCAAGUAUAUGAAAAGCAGGACUAUCCUGCAGCAGCACACAAAAAAAUGUGGUUGGUUCCAUCCCCCAGCCAAUGAAAUUUACAGGAAGAACAAUGUUUCAGUCUUUGAGGUGGAUGGCAACGUUAGCACCAUUUACUGCCAGAACUUGUGUCUGUUGGCAAAACUCUUCCUGGACCAUAAGACCCUCUAUUACGAUGUGGAGCCAUUUCUUUUCUAUGUUCUGACACAAAACGAUGUUAAGGGCUGCCACCUUGUUGGCUACUUCUCCAAGGAGAAGCAUUGCCAGCAGAAGUACAACGUUUCCUGCAUAAUGAUUCUUCCCCAAUACCAGCGCAAGGGCUAUGGCAGGUUCCUCAUCGAUUUCAGUUAUCUUUUAUCAAAACGUGAAGGCCAAGCAGGAUCCCCAGAGAAGCCGCUAUCUGAUUUGGGUCGUCUCUCCUACAUGGCUUAUUGGAAAAGUGUAAUCUUGGAGUGCCUUUAUCACCAAAAUGACAAGCAGAUCAGCAUCAAGAAGCUCAGCAAACUGACUGGGAUCUGCCCUCAAGAUAUCACUUCAACUCUGCACCACCUGCGAAUGCUUGAUUUCCGCAAUGAUCAAUUUGUGAUAGUUCGUCGCGAGAAACUUAUCCAGGAGCAUAUGGCAAAGCUGAAACAGAACCUUCGGCCUGUAGUUGUGGAUCCAGAAUGUCUGCGCUGGACUCCUGUCAUUGUCUCAAACUCUGUGGUUUCUGAAGAUGAAGAGGAAGAUCCAGAAGAAGGGGAAAAUGAAGAGCAGCUGCAGCCAAAGGAGAGAGACAUAGAGGUGAUGAAACCUCUUUGCUGGGAGAAAAUAGAGAGAGAGCCUUACUUUCCUCUAGAGAGUGAAAAAAAGCCAGACGUCAUCACUCCAGCCAAUUCUGUGCGGCCAAACAAGCAGAGUCUUCCCCUGGCUGGUCUUCCUGCAAAUAACCAGACAUCACGGAGAGGGCGAUGGAGUCGGAAGGGGAAGAAGCUUCGGGAGUCCUUCACUGAGAAGGAUACGAAACUGCUUUUGGAGGAGAAGUCAGCAAUGGCCAGGGGGGGUCGGUGUGGAGAAUGCGAGGAAAAGGCAGCCGCGGCUGCUGCAGCAGCUGCGGCUGCUGCCUCUCGGGGGAGAUUUGGGGAGAGUGAAGAAAAAAACGCUUCCUCCCAAGGACAGUGUGGCAAAUGUGAUGAGAAGUCUCCUGUGCCCCGGGGGCACUUUGAUAAGGAUGAGGAAAAAUCUGCUGUCUCCCAAGGGCAAUACAGCAAAGCUGAGAAGUCUUCUGUCACCCAGAGGCGAUACAGCGACAGCAUGGAAUUGUGGAGGGGGCAGCUGAAGACCCCUGAGCCCCUGAAAAGCCGAAUCUCUGAGGAAUGUGAAAGGUUAUCCCGGCGCCACAGCGAGGGUGACAGGACACUGUUGAGGCACUUCAGUGAGAGUAGUGAAGACGAGGAGGAGGAGGAACCUGUUAGCCCUUGCUCAAAUUCUCCUCCAGUUCUCACCAAACCAGCGUUGAAGCGAAAGAAGCCAAUUCCCCGGAAGAGGAGAGUCCGUAAGCGCAAAUAUCACAACAGUAGUGUUGUGACCGAAACCAUCUCAGAAACAACUGAGGUCCUGGAUGAGCCUUUUGAGGACUCUGACACAGAGAGGCCCAUGCCUCAACUGGAACCCACCUUUGAGAUGGAGGAUGAGGAGGAUGAGGAAGAAGAGAGUGAACUGUUUCCUAGAGAGUAUCUUCACCGCCUCUCGCAACAGGACUCUUUCAGGCAUAGGCCCUCCUCCAAGAAGGGGGCUGAAGCUGGAGAGGAGUCUGAUGAUGCCACUGGUUCUCCUACCUUGAAACCAGUCUCUGUGUUGAGAAAAUGUGAAGUGAAGGAUUCUCCACUCCAGCCAGACACUUCCACCCCCAUGAAAAAGAAGAAGGGCUGGCCCAAGGGCAAAAGCCGUAAGCCCAUCCACUGGAAGAAGAGGCCUGGCCGCAAGCCGGGCUUCAAACUGAAGAGGGGAAAGGUCCUAGCGCCUGCCCCAGAAGAGGCAGCCGAUCCCAUAGAAGUAAUUUCAAAACCAGGGCGCAAACCCAAAGUGCAGGAGGAGGAACCUGUUGAGCAGAAGGAAGAACUGUUGCCUGUGGUGGAGGAAAGGAAAGAAGAAGGUGAGUCCGUGGAAGUUGGGGAUUUGGGAGAAGAGGAGGAGGAAGAUGCCCCUGCCAGUGAAGCAAGAGCAGUUUCUCCCAUAGAUAGCAGCAACAGCCCAGCAGCAGAAGUCAAAGAACCUGAAAUGGAGGAGGAAGUAGAGAAACCACAAGUCCUAGAAGAGCAGCGACAGUCUGAAGAAGAGCAGCAGGAGAUGGAAGAACCUGAGCGUGAUCAGGAAGAGGAAGAGGAGGAAGCUGCAGCAGUGGCAAACCAGAAUGAAGACCAUGAUGCAGACGAUGAAGAAGACGAUGGCCACAUGGAGUCUGCCAAGAAGAAUGAACUGGAAGAACAGGCCAUGAAAGAGGGGCUGAAGGAAGAAGCAGAUGCCCAGGAGCCUUUUUUAGAAACAAGCACACAGGGCAGUAGGGAAGAGGAUGCCAAGAAUAAGAGUGAGGCAGAGGCAGAUUCUGAAGAAGAGCAGGCAUCCCAUGAGACAUCAGUGAGUUCAGACCCUGUUCCUGGCUCUGAAGAUGAUCAAGAGGAAGAGCAGCAGACUAAAGAGGGACUCACUGAACUCAAGGAAGAGGAGCAAAUUCCUCACAGCGAACUGGAUCUCGAAACCGUCCAAGCCGUGCAGUCCUUGACACAGGAGGAAGAGAACAAUGAGCACGAGGUGGCCUACCAGGACUGUGAGGAGACCCUAGCAGCUUGUCAGAACCUGCAGAGUUACACCCAAGCUGAAGAGGAUCCUCAGAUGUCAAUGGUUGAAGACUGCCAGGCUUCAGAACACAAUAGCCCCAUUUCCUCUGUCCAGUCUCACCCCAGCCAGUCUGUGCGCUCUGCAAGUAGCCCCAGUGUGCCGAACACUCUGGAGAGUGGCUACACCCAGAUAAGCCCAGAGCAAGGCUCUCUUUCCGCACCUUCUAUGCAGAACAUGGAGACCAGCCCCAUGAUGGAUGUGCCUUCCGUAUCAGACCACUCUCAGCAGGUGGUGGACAGCGGCUUUAGCGACCUUGGCAGCAUUGAGAGCACAACGGAGAACUAUGAGAACCCCAGCAGCUACGACUCCACCAUGGGGGGCAGCAUCUGUGGCAACAAUUCUUCGCAGAGCAGUUGUUCUUAUGGAGGCUUGUCAUCCUCCAGCAGCCUCACCCAGAACAGUUGUGUUGUCACUCAGCAAAUAGCCAGCAUGGGCAACAGCUGCAGUAUGAUGCCCCAGGGCAGCGUCCAGCCCACCACAAACUGCAAUAUCAAGUCCCCACAGAGCUGUGUGGUUGAAAGGCCUCCAAGUAACCAGCAGCCGGCAGCACAGCCGCCGCAGCCACAGCCCCCGGCCCAACAGCCUCCGCCUCCAGCGCAGCAGCAGCAGCAACAGCAGCCUCCGUUGUCUCAGUGUAGCAUGAACAACAGUUUCACUCCAGCACCGAUGAUCAUGGAAAUCCCAGAAUCCAGCAGCACUAGCAACAUAAGCAUCUACGAGAGGAUUCCUGGGGAUUUUGGUGCCAGCAGCUACUCUCAACCAUCAGCCACCUUCAGUUUAGCCAAGUUGCAGCAGCUGACCAACACCAUUAUGGACCCUCAUGCCAUGUCCUACAGCCAUUCUACUGCUGUGACUUCCUAUGCAACCAGCGUGUCUUUGUCCAACACAGGUCUGGCUCAGUUGGCUCCUUCUCACCCGUUGGCCGGGACGCCCCAAGCACAAGCCACCAUGACACCCCCGCCAAACCUGGCAUCCACCACCAUGAACCUCACCUCGCCCCUCCUCCAGUGUAACAUGUCCACCGCCAACAUUGGCAUCCCCCACACCCAGAGGCUUCAGGGGCAGAUGCCAGUCAAGGGGCACAUUUCCAUCCGCUCCAAAUCGGCACCCCUGCCCUCUGCGGCUGCUCACCAGCAGCAGCUCUAUGGCCGUAGCCCUCCAGCAGUCGCCAUGCAGGCAGGUCCCCGAGCGCUAGCUGUUCAGCGUGGCAUGAACAUGGGGGUGAACCUGAUGCCGACUGCCCCGUACAAUGUCAACUCCAUGAAUAUGAACACUCUGAAUGCUAUGAACAGCUACCGGAUGACCCAGCCCAUGAUGAAUAGCAGUUACCAUAGCAACCCAGCUUACAUGAACCAGACAGCCCAGUAUCCUAUGCAGAUGCAAAUGGGAAUGAUGGGGAGCCAGGCUUAUCCCCAGCAGCCUAUGCAGCCAAACCCUCAUGGGAACAUGAUGUACACUGGCCCCUCCCAUCACAGCUACAUGAACGCUGCUGGGGUGCCCAAGCAGUCUCUCAAUGGACCCUACAUGAGGAGAUGAGCAGGAUAAACUUGCAAUCUUAAAACUGAAAUCUCUCUAUAAAUAAAGGAACCUUUUAUACUGACAAACCAGAGACAAUGGACCUUUUUCCAGUUAAAUAUUGCUGUAGAUCUUAGAUGGGGUUUUGUUCCCUUUCAGUUUAUUUUAUUUUAUUUUGUAGG